GUAUUCUGUGCAUGUUUUGUGUCUUUCAGUGCAUUUAAUCCCAGUGAACCCUAUCAAGGAAGAUGGGUUGAAUCCUAAGAGCCGAAAGAGAAUAAUGCCUGAUUUGCUGACAGAACCUCCUGCAAUAGAUCCUGUUUACGAAGCUCAUGUUUACUGCAAUAUUCCUACCAUUGCUGAACGCAGCAUGGAAGGUUAUGCACCCCAUUAUUUUAAGCUAGUGUCAGUUCAAGUGUUGAUUCGACAUGGAGAUAGAUAUCCAUUAUAUGCCAUUCCCAAAACAAAAAGACCUGAUAUUGACUGUACGUUGCUGCCUAACAGGAAACCUUCUCAUCCUCAGCUGGAAGCUUUCAUGAAACACAUGUCCAAAGGGUCUGCAGCUCAAAUGGAUGGUACCCUAAGCAGCCUGCCUCGUUACCCUAGUCAUUCUCUUUGUGAAAUGGGAGAGCUUACACAGACUGGUAAGUUUCCAUGGCAGCUUUACGUUUUCCUCUGCUCUCUUAACACAAUCUGUUGGGGAACAUAUGCUCUAUUUCCUUAAUAAAUGCUUUUCUUUGGGAAAAUCAUAAUAUUGGUCAUAGGUUGGUUUUGCUGGGAUAGGAGUCAAGUAUUAAACUCUCUGCCACAAGACUGGUAUCCAUCUAAGAAACUGAGCAUUUUUUUAUAGCCCGCCUGCAUUCUGUUAGAGGUCAGUCACCCUUGGCAUCUCUUUCAACUUUAUUUUUAAGAAGUUAGAACAACUUUAUUUGAUUCCAAACCACAAAAUUGCUUUGUCACCCUUAUGAAAAAUGACAUGGUUGAAAAUUACAGUCUUUCAGAGGAAGGUUUGGUACUCUGUUAUUGGUUAGUUUGUGAUUCAGAAAGAUCCUGGAACUGAAGAGCAAUCAGUUAGUUGCCAGUUUUUACCUGUAAAAGAACUGCUGAGUCUACUUCAAGAAGAUUCAGAUGUAACAAUUUUGUUUAUAUUAUCAAAGUAG